AUGAAAGGGGUUAUGCAUUUUGGAAAGCGAGGAAAGUUGAGCCCAAGGUAUAUUGGACCUUUUGAGAUAUUGGCCAUGGUGGGACAUGUGGCAUAUCGUUUAGCGUUAUCACCAACUCUCGCAGAGACGCAUAACAUAUUUCACAUAUCGAUGUUGAGGAAGUACAUGUUAGAUCCUUCCCAUGUAUUAAGCUAUGAAUCAUUGGAGCUGAGACAAGACCUAAGUUAUAAUGAGAAGCCUGAGCGGAUCAUGGAAAGAGGAGUCGAGGAACUAGGAACCAAGAAGAUUCCUCUAGUCAAAGUCUUGUGGAAGAACAACUCGAAGGGGGAAGCUACUUGGGAACUGAAGAAGGACAUGAGAGACCGAUACCCAAAAUUACUUGGUGAGAAGAAUUUCGAUGAUGAAAUUCCUUUUAAGGAGGGUAUAUUAUAG